GUCAACUGAAAAUUUCUAUCCUGACAGCUUAAGGUAGACAGUAGUGAUCACAUUUCUAUUUCUAUCUGAAUCCUAGAUUUUAGCUUGCAGGGCGCAAGCAGGUGUACUUUUUCUUCUAAAUCUUAUACAGAUUCGCGGAGGCAUGGAAACUCCUACUUUGUUAAUCUGCCUUUACUUUAUCUGCCUGUCAGUCUUUGGCUUAUCGACGGCAGCUGACACGUUCAGUUCAGGCCAGUCUAUGAAAGAUGGAGAGUCAUUGGUCUCUUCUGACCAAAGCUUUGAGCUCGGCUUCUUCUCUCCUGGCAACUCCAAGAACAGGUACAUCGGCAUAUGGUACAAGAUUAGUCCGGGAAGAGUUGUUUGGGUUGCCAACAGGGAAAAUCCCCUCACUGAUUCACACGGAGUUCUCGCGUUUGGUCAUGAUGGAGAUCUAGUUCUUUUCAACCAAUCGAACAGCGUCAUCUGGUCUUCAAAUUUCUCCAGGGUUCUGAAAAAUCCGGUUGCACAGCUCUUAGACACUGGAAAUCUUGUUCUCAGAGAGAAUUAUAGUCUGAAUUCUGAUGAAUAUUCGUGGCAGAGCUUUGAUCAUCCGUCGGACACACAACUACCCGGUAUGAAAUUAGGAUGGGACUUGAAAAUUGGUUUAGAAAGACAUCUGACUUCUUGGAAAAGCAUGGAUGAUCCUUCCCCCGGAGACUAUAUUUACAGGUUAAAUAUACAAGGGUUGCCUCAAUUUGAACUCAUCAGCUUAGGAUCCGGCAAGAAAUAUCGAACAGGAACGUGGGAUGGAAUACAAUUCAGUGCUGUUCCAAUGGUUUUGCAUGCACUGACCAAGCUGGUGUUCUUUAAUGGUGAUGAUGAGAAAUUUUUUUCAUAUGAAACCAUAAAAAGCGAAUAUAGCGCAAGUAUAUUUACAUUAAACCAUUCCGGGAUUAUCCAGUUCUAUACUGCAAGUAAAAGAAGCAAUGCCUGGAACCUCGCGUACUCACCAAACGAUCCAUGUGAUAGUUACAGUACUUGUGGGGCCAACGGUAUCUGUAGAAGUAGCAGAGCUUCGAUAUGCAAUUGCUUAAAGGGCUUUUUACCGAAGUCUCCUGAACAAUGGAAUCUCCUCAAUUGGUCCGGUGGAUGCACGAGAAGAAUACCAAUAAAUUGUCCAAAGGAAGAUGGGUUCCUCAAACUCGCAAAAGUGAAAAUUCCAGACCUGUUAGAGUUCUGGCUGAACGAGAGCAUGAGCCUUGAAGAAUGCCAGGCCGAGUGCUUAAAGAACUGUUCAUGCACCGCUUAUGCUAAUUCAGAUGUUAGCGGGGGAGGUAGUGGCUGUAUCCUGUGGUUCGGAAACCUAAUUGACAUUAAGGAGUACGAAGAAGAUAACUAUGGGCAAACUCUAUACAUCCGCCUACCAAUAUCUGAACUAGAUGUCCAUCAUAACUCUUUUAAGAAGAAGGGGAUGGUCAUUGGCAUAAUGAUGUCGGCUAUUGCUGUUUUUUCUGUAUCGGCCAUGGUGUACUGCCAUCGAAUUAGGAAUUGCAGAAUAAAGAGCAAAGGUAGGAAAAUCAAGGAGGAAGAUGCUGACUUGCCACUUUUUGAUCUGGCUACCAUGGUUAAUGCUACAGACGGUUUUUCUGAGAAUAAUCUGAUUGGAGCUGGUGGCUUUGGCCCAGUUUACAAGGGCAAUCUUUCCACAGGACAAGAAGUAGCAGUGAAGAGACUGUCAAGAAACUCAGGACAAGGUCUUGAAGAGUUCAAGAAUGAAACAAUUCUGAUAGCCAAACUUCAACACCGGAAUCUUGUGGGGCUUCUGGGUUGUUGCAUGGAGAGGGAGGAAAAGAUUUUGGUUUAUGAGUACAUGCAAAACAAGAGCUUGGAUUAUUUUAUCUUUGAUCAUGAAAGAUGCUUAUUGUUAGACUGGGAAAAACGUUUUGAUAUUAUCAUCGGGAUUGCUAGAGGUCUUCUGUAUCUCCACCAUGAUUCUAAACUCCAAGUAAUUCACCGUGAUCUCAAAGCUAGCAACAUUUUAUUGGAUGACAGCCUAAGCCCUAGGAUCUCUGACUUUGGGUUGGCAAGAAUUUUCGCUGGUGAUGAGAAAGAAGUAAAGACAAGGAGAAUCAUCGGAACCUAUGGCUAUAUGUCCCCUGAGUAUGCAUUCGAUGGAAAAUUCUCUGUGAAAUCCGAUAUCUUUAGCUUUGGUGUGCUUUUGUUAGAGAUUGUAAGCGGCAAACGAAACAGAGGAUUCUGCCACCCAAGUCAACAUAACCUUCUUGGACAUGCAUGGUUGCUUUGGAGUGCAAACAGAGCCACGGAACUCAUUGAUGGAUGCUUGUAUGAUCUGGUGGAACCUCAAGUACAAAGAUGUAUCCAUAUCGGCUUGUUAUGUGUGCAGAAGUUCGCCAACGAUAGACCAGCGAUGUGCUCUAUUGUUGCCAUGUUAGGAAAUGAAAGUGCAAGCUUGCCUCGACCUAAACAGCCUGGUUUCUUUAUGGAAAGAAGUUCAAUGGACUCAAGCGCAAUCUUGACACAUGAAGAACUCCAUUCUAUUAAUGCAGUCUCAAUGACAUCGUUGGAUGAGGCAGGAGCUAGGAAAAAACUACCAGAAGAUUUCAUGGCAUUGGGAAAGGUUCCAUAUCCCCCCUUCUUUUACUCUGUUUAUGUCAUGUUUAUGCUGCACUUGGUGGUCGCAUCUGAUACCUUAAGUCCAGGUCAGUCCAUCAAAGAUGGGGAGAGAUUGGUCUCUUCAGGCCAAAGCUUUGAGCUUGGCUUCUUCUCUCCACAAAACUCCAUGUAUAGGUACUUGGGGAUAUGGUACAAAUUUAGUCCUGAAAAAGUCGUUUGGGUUGCCAACCGAAACAACCCGCUCACUGAUUCAAAUGGUGUUCUCACAUUUAGCGAUAAGAGGAAUCUAGUUGUUCUCAACCGAUCAAAGAGCAUCAUCUGGUCUUCAAAUUCAUCCAGGGUUUCAAGAAACCCAGUCGCACAGUUGUUGGACUCUGGUAACCUUGUCGUUUCAGAGAAUACAAGUUCACAUCCUGGUGAAUGUUCAUGGGAGAGCUUUGACUAUCCAACUGACACCCUUUUAGCUGGUAUGCGAUUGGGAUGGAGCCCCAAAACCAGUUUCGAAUGGCGUCUGACUUCUUGGAAAGAGGAUGAUCCUUCCACUGGAGACUACACCUACGGAAUAAAUGUUAAUGGGUUGCCCCAAUAUGAAAUGAUCAAAAGAGACUCCACAAAAACAUAUCGAAUAGGGCCAUGGAAUGGAUUCCGCUUCUUGGGAACUCCAGCGACCGAGAGUACCCUUUUUAAUGCGUCGUUUGUUUACAAUGAGACAGACGUAUAUUAUGAGUUUGAAUCUUCAAGGGAUGAUAUCAUUACCAUGCUCACGUUGAAUCAGUCUGGUCUUCUGCAACGUCUUCUAAGGAACAAAAAGAACUCUAGAUGGGAUGUCAUGACCUUAGUACCCAGCGAUCCAUGUGACAACUAUGGGCAGUGUGGUGCUAAUAGUGUCUGCAAAAGUUACAAAGACCCUAGAUGCCAGUGCUUGCAGGGAUUCGUGCCUAAAUCCCAAGAAGAGUGGCAGUUAUUUAAUUCAACCAGUGGGUGCAUUAGGAAAGCUCAGUUGAAUUGCUCUCAAGAACCGGGCUUUCUGAAAAUUUCGAUGCUGAAUCUGCCCGAUCUGAUAGACUACAGGGUAAACAAGAAUAUGAGCCUUGAGGAGUGCAAGGUGGAGUGUCUAAAGCAGUGUUCUUGCACGGCUUAUACUAAUUCAGAUGUUAGAGAAGGAGGAAGUGGCUGUUUGAUGUGGUUUGGCGAUCUCAUUGAUUUAAGAGAAUUUGAACAAGACAACUAUGUACAAAAUAUCUACAUAAAAUUAUCUGCAUCCGAGUUAGAUUCCAUCCAGAGCCCUGUCAAUAAGAAAAUACUGGUGACUGUCGCUUCAGUCAUUUCUGGAUUGCUCAUAGCAGGUGUAGCAUUGAGUAUUAUGUGGAAGAGCAGAAUGAAAAGAAGAGGCUUACAAAGGCAGAAGGAAGACAUUGAUUUACCAUUAUAUGAUUUUUCUACCAUUGCUGUUGCUACUGGACAUUUCUCACAGACCAACAUGAUUGGAGCGGGUGGCUUUGGUUCAGUCUACAAGGGAAAUCUCUCCAUGGGUCAAGAAAUAGCAGUGAAGAGGCUGUCAAAAGGUUCGAGACAAGGCCUUGAAGAAUUUAUGAAUGAAGUUCUUCUAAUUGCCAAACUUCAGCAUAGGAAUCUCGUCGGACUUCUUGGCUGUUGCAUUGAGGGAGAAGAAAGAAUGUUAAUAUAUGAGUAUAUGCCAAAUAAAAGCUUGGAUUAUUUCAUUUUUGAUGAUGACAGAAGCUUCUUGUUAGCAUGGAAGAGUCGCUUUGACAUAGUUUUAGGAAUUGCGAGAGGUCUUCUCUAUCUUCAUCAAGAUUCAAAACUACGAGUCAUUCACAGAGAUCUCAAAACAAGCAAUAUAUUGUUAGAUGCAGACCUCAAUCCUAAAAUCUCAGACUUUGGCCUUGCAAGAAUCUUUGGAGGCAACGAAAGAGAAGCAAGAACAAAAAGAAUCGUUGGUACCUAUGGCUAUAUGUCACCGGAAUAUGCUUUUGACGGAAAAUUCUCUGUGAAAUCCGACGUUUUUAGUCUUGGUGUAAUUUUGCUGGAGAUAGUAAGUAGCAAAAGGAACAGAGGUUUCUGCCAUUCUGAUCAUCAACACAAUCUUCUUGGGCAUUCAUGGUUGCUGUGGAGCGCAGGCAGGUCCUUAGAGCUCCUACAUGAAUCUCUAUGCGACUCCUUCAUUGCAUUCCAAGUUGAGAGAUGCAUUCAUGUCGGUUUGCUAUGUGUGCAAAAGUUUCCUGGAGAUAGGCCAACAAUGUCUUCAGUCGUUUUCAUGUUAACGAAUGAGGAAGCAAUCUUGCCCCAGCAACAUCCCGGUUUCUUUAUGGAGAGACUUCCAUCGAGCACAGAGGCAUCUUUAAUAAGGGAAGAAUUGUACACAAGGAAUAUGGUUACGGUCACCAUGCCGGAAGGUCGAUAAACUUCCCAUCGAGGAUGUUCCCUGCAAUGUGGAAUUUAGAAUUUUAGAUCAGCUUUCUCGGCGCAUAAAGGUAAAAAGCAUUAGAAGAUUGUGUACACAAAUCUGUGGCUGCCUUGGACUGAGGACAGUUUAGAGCGAGACGAGGGCUACAAUAAAGGAUUCUCGUUUUUAUGAUUCAGUGGCUCAAGCAACUUGGUGAUGGCCUUUUUUUAUUGAAGUUCAUUGCUAAUGAUUAUUCAUGGAGAUAAAUCAUAUCGACUCUCUAACCUUUUGAAGGAGCAAGUAAUUAUAGUUACUGCUUCACUUUAUCCUUUUACGAUACAUCGAUAUGUACUAUCCCAAUGAAGUACUUCCACAUUUAUAAACAAUAUAAAGUAUCUAUCGUUUGGUCUUAA